AUGUUGUAGGCUGUGGAAGCUCUUGUUUCAGAGGUUGUUUGUUUCGUCAUAGCAGUUUUUUUCUCUGGGCUUCAUAACAAUCCGCCUCUCCGGACUCAAACAUACUGAUAUUUUUAAGAGCACAGGGAGACACACACUGCUCUAACACUAGAGCCGGCCGGGUGUGACACUGACUCAGUGGUAAAAUGAAACUCCACACACUCUUCUGGAUCAGUGUGAUUACUCUGUUUGUUUGCACCAUGUGUGCCUCUGAGUGGAAGAAGAAAUGUGAGGAGGAAUGGGGCCUGCAGGGAGCUCUGAUGCCCGACAAUCUGGACUGGGAGUCAGUGUAUGAAGCCAGAAAUUUACUGAAGAAUCCUUCACCUCACGGCUUGAGUAAGGACAAUCCUCCACCUAACCCUAAACACGCAAAAGAGGAACAAAGAGGACCUUCACGAUAUAAACCUUUAGGUGACUUUAACGGCUGGAACACCAGCACAGAAGAUCUCCCUCUAGAAGUGAUAUUCAAACCCGGCGUUGCUGUCUGUGCAUGGCCUGAUUAUGGCAGGUUCUCCCUGGAGCAGAUUGUGGACCUAAAGGCAGAGGGAUUAUGGGACGAGCUGCUUGAUGAGUUUCAGCCUGAAAUAGUCAUCCAGGACUGGUAUGAGGAGAGGCUGGUGGAUAAACACAUCUACGAGCUGCAUGUGAGGUUACUGUCAGAAAACAGCACAGUGAUCUCAGAGCACUCUGUCCAGCCCACUGAAGACCGCAGCACUUCCUCAUACACCUGGAAGGAGGUGUCACACGUGUUCUCCGGUUAUGGACCUGGGGUAAGAUAUGUCCACUUCCAGCACCGUCUGAAGAACAUGAACAUGGACGGGAUUGUGAGGGGGUUCUACCAAACACUAUUCUGUGACAGCUCAGUGAUCGUCAAACCAACCAAAAGCAGCUCCUAAUCCUUCUUAGAACUGCAGAGGGUAUACGGCGAACACACUCAAUAUAACUUGCAUGAUCAACACUUAGGGUUUUUAUAUGCUGCUUUUAUAAAUUUUGUUACACUGAUUUUGCACAAAAGGUCUAUACUGGGAUUUCUGCUAUAAUUAAACACCUGCAUUCUCUGUAUGUUAUUUCUUUUGAUAAUAAUGACUUAUUAAUUAGCACGAGGUAAGUACAUUUAAUUAUACAUCACCUUUCAAGAACAGGUGUCACAAAUGAAAGAUUAAAAAGUGAAUAAUCAAAAUUAGAACAGACAUUCAUAUAAAAAAAAUUACAUAACAGUAGGCUUAGAUCGUACAUUCUGAACAAAUGAGAACAAAUACUUUGUAAAUGUCCACAGAGUCCACAAUUCUAGUUCAAGUCUUGGAGUGACAACUCAAACACAGUCUCUUAAGUUGGAAACUGGUCCAAGGAACAACAAGCAAUCGCUGAUCUGAGAACUCAGAGUCCGGCGUCAGCAGCUUUUUAAUGCUCCUGAGGAACUUUCUGUUGCUGUGCAAUUUGGCGUCCCCCUGUGAUUAAAGUGGUUUCUUUUAAUUAUUUGCCCUUACAGGGUUUUCUGACAAAAACUUCUCAUCCUGCGUUGUUUCAAUUGAAGAAUGCAUCACUCAUCAUGAAUCUUUACUUUGGAAAAGGUAAAAAAAAUUGUACUGCAAAUUGUCUUGUCUGACACCUACCCCCAUGCAGCUGUUACAGACAUUACCAAUAAAGAUAUUGUCUAUCUUUUUGCUUAUAGUCUUGUAGCUUUUGCGAGUCUCACUGUUAAUUAUGUUUAAUAAUUAAUUAUUAUUAUUAUUUUAAUUAAUGUGAGUAUGUUUCAUAACCAGGUAAAAACAGAUUUCCAGAUGAGCUUUAAUUUAACUGCAGAAAUUCACACUUCAGAGCUUGUAAGAAAGUGAAGUGCUCUAUGAAUUUUUUUUUCAAGUCUAGUAUUUAUUAAAUCAGCAUGAUUAAAAAAUAAAAAAUAACAAAAUAGAUUUUUCACAAUCUAGCAUCGCCUGUUUGAUAGUUUAGACUACAUAAUAUUUAGCUUUUGGAACAGUGAAUCCAGUAGUUUUGAGUCAACCCCCUUGUAAAUAGUUGAUGAUGAGAAAGAGGUGAAAACCAGUGGAAGGAUAGAAAAUAAAAUAGUUUUCCCAACAAAACUUGGCUGAAAUAAUCACCAGUGGAUGAGAGGACCGUUAUUCAAAUAUGUCAUGCAAAUUUUAACAGUUACAGUUAAAUUAGCAUAAAAUAAGAUCUCUGUUCUCUCCUGAGUGCUUAUCCUAAUACAACUCAGUGGAUGUACUACUGCAGGGGCCCUAUAGUCAACUUAACCAACAUUUCAUGACCACAAAAGAUAUUUCACUGAACAUCCAAAAACAUUCCAAAUCCUUAAUGUGAAAUAUUUUAACAUUUAAUUACACAUUUCUGCAAAAUGUUUUUGUAUUUUAUGGCAUAUAUUUGUGUUUUGUGAAAUUUGUGUGUUCUGUGGUUUUAAAAUGUUUGUGUGGUUGAAGCCAUCGUAUUCUUUCCAAAAACUGCAAACAAUUGAGAGCUAAAUAGAGCAAAAGGUGGCUUCAGCCCAUUAACAUAUAAUUUUAAAAUGCAUAUUGAACCCUUGAAAGUCACCUAAAUCAAAUUUUUGACUGAUUUGAUGUGUCAGUGUGUGCGCUUGUGUGCAUGUAUGGCCAUGUGUGUGUGUGCAUGUGUGAGUGUGUGUGUGCAUGUGUGUGCAUGUAAAAUCCUCUCAGCCUCACUCAGCCCUCUGCUUCCUGGAGUACAGAAAUUGGUUUCACACAGAUGUAUUUAGUCCUGCUGUCCACUACAAAGGAUACCGAAUAAAAGUUGUGUUUUGAUGGGGUUAAAA